CUUUUGUUGUCGGCGAUCCUUUGACAUCUCCACUCCAUGAUCUGAUGAUCCAGGCUGCUGUCAAGCAGUCGUACGUCCGCGAAGGUGUGUCACGGCCCAGUGACUGCUGACUAGUUCAUUUCAUUGUGCCGCAGCUAUUCCUGUCGUGGCCACGGCUCGCGGACAAAGAAACUACCAUCACUUCAAGAUUUCUUGCUUUGUGAUCGAUUCUUGUCAGGGACGACUUUCAUUGUAAUUUUUAGUAGUUUGUAGCAGAAUUUGAGGCGAAUUUGUAGCCAUGGCUGAUGCUCACUCUGUGGCCACGUUCAUAUCCGUGGCUAUCGCUGUGGUAAUGUACUUCUACUCCAGACAAUCAACAAAUGAAUUGUCUUUACAACUUGUCAGAAAUGGACUCUUAGAAGAAGAAGCCAAAGCCAGUGUUGAAGACAAACGUGUUGCUGUUGGAUUUGGUGGAUGCCGGGAUGUAUUCGUUGAUGCUGUCGACUUGUUUGACAAAAUCGGGAGUAAGCCUCCAUCCAGCACUCGUCAUUACAGCAACGUUGGAAACCAGGCAGAAGUGGAUCAGUUGUUCGCCUACUUCUUCCAGCAUGGAGCCGCAGCUGAACGCUAUGUGUGGGAUAGGAAACUAUUCAGAAAUCUUGUCAGCUCAUCGGAGGACAUGAAAGACGUUCGUUCAGUUAUCGGUGGUAAUGCUCCUGUUAUGGCAAAUCGAUUUGCACGUGAAGGUGCCAGUGUCUUGUUGGGGUCGACAUUCAAGCGCAGCACUGCGGAGAGUGGCCUGUGGAAAGGUGUUGUCUUGGCCGGUGGCGAUGCUGCGUAUCGUGAUGAAGACGAUGUUCAUUUGGUCAUGGAGUAUCCGGCAAAGAAACAGUGGGGACCAUACCAGGCCUCGCGUGCUAAUCGCUUCAUUUUACACAGUGACGUGGCGAAUGCAAAGCUGGAGUCACUGCAAACUCUCAAGAAAGAAUUGAAAACCCUCAGCGCUAAUCUCCUUGUUGUUAGUGGCUUACAGAUGAUGGAUAGCUUUCCGUAUGCCGCUGGUGAACGCAAGAAACUCCUUGAAGGCGUAGAGAAGCUGAUGACAUCCACCGGGGAAAGCACACGUCGUCACUUUGAACUGGCCAGUAUGUCUGAUGAAAGUCUGUUCAGUGACCUCUUGGAUCAUGUUAUACCCUACUCUGACUCACUGGGUAUGAAUGAACAAGAACUGGCACUAAUACAGUCUAUGAUCCUCCACAAUAACCUGACCACCGUUUCCGAUUCCAACCCUCGACUGGCUUCUGCGCUGGAUCAGAUGCGCGAUGUCUUGACUGGCCUGAGAGAAAGAGAAAAGGCUGGUGGUCGUCGUCUAACUCGACUUCACGUUCACACUCUGGCUUACCAGGCCAUUGUCACGUUGCGUGGCUCAGCGUGGAAAAACUCCGGGCCGGCUGCUGCUAAAGCUGCUCUGACAGCAUUCCGUCACACGUGUGCCAGUGAUGAUAUUGAUCUUGAGCGAUCUCGACUCAUCAUGGACACGUCCUUCAUGUCAUCCUUGCGUGGUGACGGUAAACGCAUCAGUGUGGAUGCCAGUCAGCCUGUCACGUGUUGGUCUGAAGACGACUAUGAGUUCUGUGUGGCUCCCGUAUUGGUCUGCACACGGGUCUUCCAGACUGCCGGCGGAGGAGACAAUAUCUCUGCCUCGGGUCUUGUUCUGCAAAUCUAACAACACCUCCAGUACAUGUAUGACUACCAGCAUGUACCAUGUCAGUGUUGUACUCUGUGUGCAAGUGAUACAGCUCAUUUCUUUCUUUCUUUUUAUAGUUAUAGAUCUUUUAGUAAUACGUGCACACUGCUGUUUGUUGCUAUAGAAAUUGUCUUGUAAAUCUGUAGUAUAUGUCAUGUUCUUUUCUAUCCUUGGGCACAAGUUGGUGUUCUGCUCAUGUGCACUGUAGACUGUAGUAGCCAGUGCUGCCAAGCCAAUUCUCUGUGCUAAAGUAUGGCUGGCCUGUGUUUCUAUCUGCUAGUUGUGAUUGGCACAAUCUGCUGCACUGUUUGGACUCUCUGUCCUUGUCUAAACUGCAAACAAAUCCUCUCUUCUUUUUUUUUACUUUUUAAACUUUUUCAAGUUCAUGUAAGUUUUUAAUCUUCCUGCCUGGUAACAUCCCUGCUCUCUAUAAUAGUUGAAACCAUUAAUUUUUUCCAAUUCAAUUACUUCUUUUGAAGUACACCUA